GCACUGCCACGGCGUGGAGUACGAGCCGGAGCUCGCGUCCUUCGACGGCUCGGCCCAUCUCAUGAAGCUCCUGUCUGAAAACGUCUCCGUGAGCCAAGAUUAUUGCGAGCCGCAGAAGAAGAACGGCCUGAGCCUCGAAGGCCUCGCCGCGUCGCACAAGGCAGCCUUGCUGCCCCCGGGCACCAGCAAGCUGGACGCUGCCCCGGACAACUACAUGGUGCCCCCAGGGGACGUGUACGACAGCGGCUCCCUCAACUCCCUCUUCGAGCCCAUCCCCGUGGCGCCGCCGCAGCAGAGGUGGCAGCCGGACAGCACUUUCAAGGAGCAUCUCCAGGAGUCGCUGCUCUUCAGUGACAUCCUCAAGCCUCCGCCAGAGCCACCCUGCCCUGAGAGUUACGCUGCUGACGGUGUUAAGAGUGACUUUGAAUACACCCUGGGGUCUCCCAAAGCAAUUCACAUCAAAUCUGGGGACUCUCCCAUGGCCUACCUCAACAAGGGACAGUUCUACCCCAUCACACUGCGGACAGCCGGAGACAGCAAAUGUUUACACUUGUCUUCAAAUAAAGUGAAGAGUGUUGUGAUGAUCGUGUUUGACAACGAGAAGAUCCCCACGGAGCAGCUCAAGUUCUGGAAGCACUGGCAUUCCCGCCAGCCCACGGCCAAGCAGAGAGUCAUCGACGUCG